GCUCGGAGGAGGGAGGGUGUGCUGGCUUGUGUCAUGCGGGCAGUCCGGAGGAGCGGCAGACGCUCGGUGCUUCAGCUCCAUCAUGGCUCUCAACAUCCCCGGGGUGACCGUGAUGAUGUUCUUCUACCUGCUGGUGCUCGGCAUCGGCAUCUGGGCCUCCGUCAAGUCCAAGCGCGAGGCCAAGAAGCUCCGGGGCGAUAAGACGGAGAUGGCGCUGCUGGGCAACCGGGGCAUCAACCUGGUGGUCGGCAUCUUCACCAUGACAGCUACGUGGGUUGGAGGAGGUUUCAUUGUGGGCACAUCAGAGGCGGUGUACAGUCCCUCCAUGGGUCUGAUCUGGGCCGUGAUGCCAGUGGCAGCGACCUUGUGCUUCAUCAUCGGUGGUCUGUUCUUUGCCGAGCCGAUGAGAAACAACAAAUAUGUGACCAUGAUGGAUCCCUUCCAGAUCAAAUAUGGAAAAGUGCCGACGGCCGCUCUGUCGCUGGCCUCGCUCAUAUCGGAGAUCAUGUGGGUGACAGGAACCCUCAUAGGAUUAGGUGUAACCAUGAGUGUGAUCUUGGAUCUCUCCUACACCGUCAGCAUCUGGAUCUCUGCAGCUGUGGCCAUCACCUACACUCUGAUGGGAGGCCUCUACUCUGUGGCCUACACUGACAUCAUCCAGCUCAUCCUCAUCUUCAUCAGUCUGUGGCUGUGUGUCCCCUUCGCGAUGAUUAACCCGGCUGUGACUGACAUCACGGAGACGGCUUACAACUACACCUUCCAGACUGCGUGGGUCGGGACUCUGGAGGCCGACAGAGCCUGGAGGUGGAUCGAUAAUUUUCUUCUGCUGGGUUUGGGAAACUUGGGUCUCCAGAACUUCCACCAGAGGACGCUGUCCGCCGCCUCCUCAGCUACAGCCAAGAUCACCUGCUUCGCUGCCGCGCUCAUCGUCCCCACGUUAGGGAUCCCGCCCAUUCUCCUUGGAGCUGUUGCCGCAUCAACAAACUGGAACUUGACGUCUUAUGGAUCUCCGUCUCCGUUUGAGCGCGGGGAGGCGGGACUCGUCCUGCCCCUCGUCCUGCAGCACCUCACCCCGACCUACAUCUCCAUCAUCGGCAUCGGGGCGGUGGCUGCCGCCGUGAUGUCGUCCACUGACUCCGCCCUGCUGUCUGCAGCUUCGAUAUUCACCUCCAACAUUUAUAAGAACAUCCUGAGGACACAGGCGUCGGAGCAGGAGAUCCAGUGGGUGAUCCGGGCCUCGGUGGUGGUGGUGGGCCUGGCCGGCACCUCGCUCACCUUCCUGGACAACAGCGUCCUGAUGAUCUGGCUGCUCCGCUCCGACCUCACCUACACGCUCAUGCUGCCGCAGCUCGUCUGCGUCCUCUUCUUCCCGAUCUCUAAUGGUUACGGGGCCGUCCUGGGCUGCGCGGCGGGCAUGUCGUUGCGGGUGUUGUGCGGGGAGCCGCUGCUUGGUAUUCCGACCAUUAUCAAAUUCCCAGGAUGCACCCUGGUAAACGGCGUAUACGUCCAGCAGUCCCCGAUCAGAACCAUCUGCAUGCUGACAUCCGUGGCGGCCAUCUUGCUGUUUUCCUACCUGUCGUCCCUGCUCUUUAACCGCGGACUGGUUCCUCUGAAGUGGGAUUUUUUUGAUGUAAAGAAUCAGUACGCGAUACAAACACCAGGUCUCGUCAGCUCAGACACCAAGGACUCGAACCUGCAGGAACAAAACGAGAACAACGAGGCGUGUGAACCGAUGUUAGAAUCUACAUGUUAAGUGAGGAAUGUCAUUUUCUUCAGUUUGAACUGGUUAAACUACAAAUGUUUGUAUUUUAUAUUUUACUUUUAUAUGAAAAAGAAAAACACGACUUCUAUGCUCUUUGUUGUAAGAGCUCAGAAUGUUCUCUGCAAUUUUAUGCAGCAGUGAUACUUUCAAGCAUUGACGGAUUAUAUGACAUCAGACCCCUGAGCACAGACAAGUAGAAAAAAACCAACCACCAAUAAUCCUCGUAGUCGUCUCACGUGUUUUUAAGUAAUUAAACGGUUGGAUAAAGAAGUUCAGCUGCUGGAAACUGCACCUGAACUUCAGAUUCACACAUUAUACACAAUUGUACAGAACUACAAAAAAUAUUAAUAUAUAGAAAAAUCAAGAAAACUCCAAAGCACUCUCCUUUAAACGCACCACAGACAAAUCAAACCCAAAAUCAGAUGCGUUUCGGUACGAAAGUAAUUUCACCGGGAAACAGAAAGUAGCAUGUUUAUUCAAGCUUUUCUUUAAAACGUGAAUGUUGGUGCAGCAGACGUGAAGGUCGUUUCUGUCGUUCCUGUCGUUCCUUUGGAGGAAAUCUCAGCGGUAGAUGACAUGAGUUUAAAUGUGCGUUUAAUAAAAUACACUUCAUGUUCCAGUCUCUGUUUUUACAGCAGCUUCUAACGUCUGCAGUUGAUCUGAGCAUCCGCAGAGAACUUCACAUCCAUGUCACUGUCUCUUUAAUUGGGCGGAGUUUAUAAACAUUUUAUUUGUUAGUUUUUCACUUGUCAGUUUGUUUGUAAACAAGAUUACGUAAAAAGAAACUACUGGAUGAAUUUCCACGAACCUCGAUGGACGGAUGUUGUACCGGUCGGGGGAAGAACCCAUUAAAUUUUGAUGCAGAUCCAGUUUUUUUUUCAAUCUCUUUCUUCAACACUGUGAGACGGAACGUUUUGGUUUAUUUCCCAGAGAAUGAUUCAUGGCUCUUGAUGACAAGCAUCUGGUUUCUAUGAGUUUGUAAUUUAGCUGGAUUUAAUUAAAGGGACUGCAGGUGGAGGUUUGAGCUCUACUGGGCCACGUUCUAGUUUAAGAGGAGAGUGCUUUCGAAGUUUCUCUGACUUUCUACGUCUCCAAAGAGCAAAGAGUCCAGGACGCUGCGUCCUGUUUUGUGUUUGUACAAAGUAGGAAUAGAAUAUUAGAAUAUUAGUUUCUCUGUUGUAUUUAAGUUGCUUUGAAAGUUGUAGUCUAGAGUCAAAGUACAUUAAAAUAUCAGAUCAAACGUUAUUUUCAGAUAUAAAUAAUAAGAACAUGAGACGUUCCUCCAGUUCUUUGACUCUGGCUUAGGGGCACCUGUCCUGGGAUGCUCAUGUGAUAAUCCAUCCAUGCUCUGGAAGUAAUUUUAUCUUUGAAUGCUCGCCAUUCUUCUUUUGCUCUACCUCCUGGUUUUACUGCAGUUUUGAGAACAGCGACCUUGAACAGUGAAGUCUUGUUGAUGUGGAAAAAACAAGGCGCCACCACAGGUUUGGGUUAAACUGCCGUCGACGCGAUGCGAUAAACUGCCAAAUGAAUAAAUUCAGAGAAACGCCAGCUGGACGUCUUUAACAACCCAGUGACUGAGUCUUUUUAGACCGACUGAUUAAAUGUUGCUGUAACUCAUGGCAGAGAAAAACAGAUUACAUUGAACCAAAGAGGCUUUAGUGGCCAGAACUCCUGAAUAUAAUCUGUUAAUUUUAAAUAACCCUCCUGUCUAUCACACACUCUCACGGUUCACGGUCCUGAAGGGUUAUUCCAGGCUUCUUGAUUAGCUGGGUGUGUUUUAUGUGAUGUUAUCUAUGAAACCCUUUAAUGGUUAUAAAUAUUCUCUAUACAGUGAAGAAUCACCAACUGAUGAUUGUCAAGAAUAAACAAAAAGGACGUUCUGGUUUUUCAAACUUAAUUUAAUGUUUCAAGACCCAGGAACCAAAUCAGGAUCAAAAUCAUUUCCCUGACAACAAAUCAUGUGACACAGUAACGUCCGUCACUCUCACAAAUCUCAACAGUGGAGAGUAAAAUAUUAAUACUGCAUCAAGCAUGAGGAUAAAGGUUUAUUAAAGUUUAAUAUGUUUAAAUGCUGGAAAUGUUCAAACACUUAUUAUUUAUCUUGGAGCGUUCACGGCUGCAACGUCUCAUUUAAACAAAGAUGGACGACAUGAGAGUGAACUUGAAAUUCCCCUGUGAGCACCAGGACCAUGUCUGAGGUGUGACGCUGCUGUUACUGAUGUUUUAGAUUAUUGAGAGGGU